AUGAGCACCGUCGAAGAUCCUGUUCUCGCCAAACCCGCCGGGCUCUGCUGCCUCCGGGGCUCUAUUCACUCCGGGGAGCCAGCAGGCAAGGUGAUUCAGAUUGGAGGCGUCGACACGUAUGUCGCCACGCCGGAUGAAAAAACGGCCAACGGGCACGUCCUCCUGUUCUUCCCUGAUGCGUUCGGCCUGCACAUUAACAAUUUCCUCAUGAUGGAUGCGUUCGCUGCUUCCGGGUACCUGACACUGGGUGUUGAUUAUUUCGCUGGGGAUCCCAUUUGGAAACAUUCGCAGAAUCCCUUGAAUGAUCCAAACUUUGCCUUUGAGAGUUGGAAGAACAAGCACAUGGCCUCCACGGAUAGUAUUUCGGCAAAAUGGGUUAAAGACGUCGAGGCAGCUUACGGCAAAGACGGGCAGGUGAAGUUCGUUGCCGCAGGACAUUGCUGGGGCGCACGGUUCGUGUGCACCCAACUCUUCAAAGACGGAAUCUGCAAAGCGGGAGCGAUUGCCCAUCCAUCGUUCAUGAACCAAAGCCAUGUGCGCAAUAUUGAAGCACCCAUUCUAUUCUCCGUCGCGAAUGUAGACAGCCUCUUUAUGGCUGAGCAACGCAGUAAAGCAGUUGAAAUUAUGACAGAGGGAAAGAAAAAGUUCAACAUGCAGGUUUUCUCCAACGUUGGGCAUGGGUUUGCGUCACGGGCAUUCUUGUCUGACCCGUAUGAGAAGUGGGCGAAGGAGACGUCAUUUAAGAGUUUUGUCGACUGGUUCGAGUUUUGGCUUUCGGCUGCGUGA